AUCUAGUGCGUGGCGUCGCAGAUUGUCACUCAUUACGGAGUGACUCCUUUCAUUGAAACUUUCAUCGAAAUACUUCCUUCUGUUUCUUUUUCAGUUUCUUUACUUUCUGUUUUCAACUGAUUUUUUUUUCUCUUUUACUCUCCAGGGUUGCAUUGUUAUAUGAAAGUUUCGUUGAAAUUAACAAUCAUAUUGCUUCAAAUGAUGAUUCAUAGCAUGAUUAUUCCGACUAUUUUGUGACAAUUCAGAUAAAAUGGACUUCCGAAUCAUCGAAAAUUUCUAAGAGUCUCCCACUACGUCCGGUAGUUUUGGAAAAACCGUUCCCUUCCUAUGUCCCGCGUGACGACCACGUGACCGAGUCUCAUGUCUAAGCGUGGGGCACCAAUUACGUCCCGCACGUAUAAUACUUUAAACAUUUUAAUACAUAAAAAAAAAGUUAUUGACAUGAAACUACCCUUUAAUUUCUUUAUUUUUAUGCGUAUUUUGAUUGUGUAAAAUGAUUUGGAAUUUUGUAAAGCCAAUUCAAAGAUAUUUUCUAAUAGAAAAAUGUAAGUAAUUCACUUCACUUUAGAAUCCCCUUAAUUGAUCCGAAAUAUUAUUUCUAGAAGGAGAACGAAGGCUCUCGAAGUCGAGAUUAACAAUAUAGCCUGUUCUUUUGGCUGCACUGCUACAAUAAGUUAGAAUGAAAAGAAAAUAUAGAUACUUUUACAUUAAAUUUAUUGCAGCGCGGUGCAGCAUACCUGUCUAAAAAUAGAACGCAUGCGCGGCUCCCCUCCUGAGCGCCCCGACGUCACCGUCUAGCUACGGCGGUGACGCGCCUCGCUGCUGCUGCUCUCGCUCUCGCACACUUUCAUUUAGUAGUUGAAAAUGGCCGCUUGAAGUAUUUUGUCAACAUGUGUUCUAUAAAAAUGUGCCCGCUCGAGAAAAAUAGCUUCGCCCACGCGAAAUCGACUGGUAUCAACACGGCAAUCGGCGCUGACUUGCGAUUUAAGGGAAUCGACUUGUUGCUGCUCACGCCCUGUGAUCCCCGCGAUCCACAGGAUCCCAGAUCGACUUCUUGGUGGUGUUGCAAACGACAUUGUCACAAGUGCGCCUACGUUGGCUGCUCACGUUUAUCACAACAUAGAGAGAAGAGCACAGAUAUAAGAAUACGGAGAAGUAGAGGCAAAAUACCAAUUUGAGUCUCACGAACACACCAGGGAUUUUUUGCUCCUUGGAUCUGCACAUUUAGGCCUCUCUAGUAUCACGUGUUUAUCUCAACUUUUUUCUUCUGGUGGAAAAUCCUAAAUGCAUCCUGCACACCUUACAAUGAUGUCUCACAUGUUCACGAUGAAGAAAAGGCAAAUCGCCGUUUUACUUGGAGAAGACAGUGCACCGUGCACGAACAAUCAGAAAACAUCUCUUGUUCAAACAUGGAAUAAUUUUGUCAGCAGUAAUUUAAGAUUACCAAGAUUAUUUGGAGAACCGCUAUCUGUCACUGUCGUAAAUGACGAAAUAUUGAAUUGUGAUUUUUUAGAAAAUUCGUCGACAAGGAAAAAGGAUCUGACAUACAUUUCGCAGAAAGCAAGGCUCUUACACUUAAAGCAAAACACUCCUGAUUACAUGAAGUCGAUGUUAGAACUUACACCUAAGAUGAAUCAAGAUUGGCUUAUCGUCGACGAGUCUGAAUUAAUUAACAUAAGAAACGACCUGAACUUUCUAAAGAACUUGAUUGACACACACGAGGAAAAUAAUACAAUGAAAUCUGUGCCGUGCUUUAAGGAGACAGAGAAGAUAAUGGAAGAUACUAUGAUCUGUUCUUCGGAUUCUUUGGACGUCGAUCCACGGAAUCAGGAAGCUGACAUUCACAAAGAUAUGGAUGUCGAGUCUUUCCUCGUGGUUUCUCACUCGGAUGUCCCAGCUGCACCCGUAGGUCUUACCAUAGAAAAUUCAAUGUCACGCAUCUCUAAUAUUUGUCGAAAUGCUUGGAAUAGUUUAACUUGCAGCUUGUACUGUAAACCAGCAAGAAUGUCCGUGAAGUAUCCGCUGUGUUUAACGAAGUCGCACCACUAUCGGAAGGUCAACGUCAUCGCGGUAGGCCGAGGUCGUGGUAGAGCAAAGUGCCAGCUAAGACGUUCUGGAGUAAGCCAAACCUUAUGUCGGAAGGAAUUUAUCAAGUCUAACGAUAGCGAGAACAAUCUCGUCGAUGUAACAGCGAACGAUUGCAUUGAGUUAGAUGAUAAACCAGACAGCUUAGAAUUCAACAUGGAUACUACGGAUUCUACUCGAAUUGCAGAACGGAUCCAUAGCCCAGUAAGGUCCCAUUUUUCCAAAGGAACACCUGCGAAAGAAAAAGCAAAAACGCACAGAAAGAAGAUUAAAACGAAAGAUGUAACCAAAAUGCGUUACAUACCCAGUUCUUAUAGAAUGAGUGAUUAUUGCGAGGACAGCAACGAUAAAAUGCUCAAUGCACAGGAAAAUUCAUCCCAAUUGCGAACGUUGUCGGAGAACUCCGAUGACGAUUGGAUUGUCUUCGAAGACGAAGACGAAGACGAAGACGAAGACGAUGGCGAUGGCGAUGGCGAUGGCGAUGGCGAUGGCGAUGGCGAUGGCGAUGGCGAUUCUUCGAUGAGAAUAAACGAUACUACCUACAUAAAUUUUAUCGAAACUCACGAUGAUGAGCUACCUUCGUCUCGCCGAUUAUUAUCUGAUAGUUCCAAUGAUUCUGAUAAUUUCAAUACGUUCGAUAGCUCUGAUGCUCUGAAUAGUUCCUUUAAAUCUGAAGAAAACGACGACGUCGAUGGUUGUGACGAGAUAAGCUUCCAUGAUGGAAGCAGCCAACUGGAAGAUGAUUUGGUCAUCUUUACUGAUGAAAACUCCGAGGAAUUAACAACACAAACGAAGAAGGUCUGUUUCGACCCGACUCCAGUCGUACACGUUAUGGUAACAUGGAAUUAUGCGUAUCGAGCAGCUCGAAGAGGUCCUUGGGAACAAUAUGCGCGGGACAACGAAAGAUUUAGGGGACGUAUAAAUUCUAUCGCAAUUGUUCUUGAUCCAGUUUUAAGAAAUAAACAUCGCUCGCAAGUUUGGCAGAAACGAUUCUCUUUUUUGGAAUAACGUUAGGCUAAUUUAUAAUCUUAAAUAAAAUAAUUGAACAUCAAUAUAAAGAAAUUUUCUCUUAAUAUAAGACUACAAUACAUGCAAUAUUCACAUGUUUGUGAUAAUACUUCUUUUUCUUUUCCAAUCUUUUAUAAAAAAAAAGAGAUGAGAUCUGCGUUCUGAUUUAGAACAGGAUUUUAGAGAAAAUAAUGAACUUUUUUGUCAGUUUAGUGAAAUUGCGUUGCUUCUUGAGAAAUACUACUACGUUUUACAUAAAAAAUGUGAUAGUUCCAAAGAAAAUUGAAAUGCAUGUAAACUUGAACCAUUAAAAUAAUAUCUUAUAUACGUGGAAUCUUGAAAAAAGUAUAUGUUGCACAUUACGAAAAAAUCUCUAUUAUUAAAAACUGUAAGCGCAUUUUGGAAUUACGUUACAACGAUAUAUGGUGUUUUUUUUUUUCUAGAACUGUGUAAUCGUUUGUCAACUAAUACAUUUUCCACGUAACUAAGAAUUAAUCGGAGGUGCAUUUGAUAAUUAACUAGAAUAUAUUAACUAGAUUAAUUCACACUAGGUAAUCAUCACUGUAUAUAGCGUGUAUAUAUGUAACAUCACGUUGUGAGGAGUUAUGUAUGUACGUAACAUAAUUUGUACGAACUGCGAAGUUAUAUGUAUGCAAAAUUUACAGAAAACGAGUUUUAAGUCUAUAUCGCAUAUGUGUCACAGCAUUUUUAUUUCUUAUCGCAACUUUGAUAUUGGAGAAAUAAUAAAGUAAAUAAAAAGAAGAAAUAAGAUUUUAUCCACAAGCAAAAAGUUUUUCAUGAUUUUGUCUAUAUAAAUUUCUCUUUUCUUUUACUGAAAACUUUUUCUUACAAAAACACAAUUUAUCGAGAGAAUCGUUACUUACAAGAUACGAAAAAGUUAUGAAUUGACAGUGCACGAAAAGGAUGUUUUAAUAUGUAAUAAGCUAUUUUUAAUUGAUCUUGAAUAAGUGAAAGUAACCUCUGAAUAUUGGAUUUAUUUUCUGUAUUUUAUUAUUUAUUAGAAUAUAAAACGGAAAACAGUAGGUUCAACACAAAAAAAAUCUUAUCUCUUCUUAUCUCUUAAUUUAUCGCGAUAAACUUGGUGUAUAAUUUUUAUAUAAUGCGUUUUUGUUGAAAUGUAAAUAAGAGAAAAAAGGUGGGAAAAAGAAGUUUUAUUUAAGAUUGUCAUGAAAUUUAUUCUUUGUGACAAGCUGAAAGAAUAAAUAUACGUGCAAACAGAAUCAUCGUCGCUUAUACUCGCGAUAAUUGAAAUCGUGACUCGUUCGCGAAACAUUUCGUUAAUAUUAAAGUGAACUGAAUUCUUUCGAAAUAUAAUUAGCGAUAUUUAUAUGUUCAAAAUUAAAUUGUCGAUGAUACGUUUAAAUGGAAGAUCACAUAUUUGAGGAUACUUAGUAAAUUUUUAUAUUAUUAUUUUUGAUAGCAUAAAGUAUGGCAACCACAAUAAUUUAGCAUUGUGCAUUAUGCAUUAUGCAUUAUACAUUAUACAUUAACUUUUUUAAAUUUGUCGUUGGCGAGACAUCUGAUAAAAUGUGUCGAAAACUUAUUUUUUAUUAAUAAUCUUGGAGCAAAAUUUAAUUAGCUUAUAAUUAAAACGUGAUUUUAUAUUGUGUUUCUCAAUAGUUGAGUCAAUUUUAACAUUAAAUUAUUUAUUUAAAUAUUAUAGUAAUAUAUUUAUAUAUUCUCUCUUUUUGUGUAAUGACGAUUUCUUUCUCAUAAAUAUCUCCUAGUUCUCUUCUUUCACGCUUGUCUAAAAGUUACUUUGCACCAUCUCGCGAACAUAAUUUUCAGACGCAUCGAUUUCAUUUUUCCCGUUGAUUGUCUACGCGAUUAUCUACACGUUCGCUUACAAUAAUUGCAAUAUUUGCGCUGGGAAAUUUCUCAUAAUAAUGUAACAAUAGGAAAAUGAUGGGAUUAAAACUGUGUCAAGGGCAAGUUAUGUGACUAUCGCUUAACGAUCCUAUGGUCACUAAAAUUAAGAGCACUCCAUUACUUUCGAGUUUGGUCCGAUACACGUUCAUAAGUUUAAAAUUUUUUUAUGCGAGCUCUUUUUGAUUCUAUUACAAGAAAGGCGAUAAACAAAAAAA